AUGAUUGGUGGUCAAGGGACGAUAAAAACAAUCCCAAGUUCGUUUGACCGGGUCGGAUAUUUCUGGGAAGUUCCUGUUAUAUCCGUCAACGAGCACGUUAAACGGUGGCUGUUCGAUCAACUCGCUGGUCAGGGGACCACCGAAACCCUAAACUGGUGGACGAGAAUAUGUCUAAAGAAGUAUAUCGCCGUCAUCCCUGAGCUGGAUCUGGACGAAUACUUGACAUUUCUCAAGCAGACGCCGUUUAGAGUGGGAGAGCUUGACUCGCUUACGGGCGUGUUCUUAUGGCUGACAGAUAUCAGCGUUCUUGAGACCAGCCAACCUCAUCUUGAUUCUGGUACGGGAAAUGUGCCGGGAAGACAUCAGGUCCGGGCGCAUAUAGCUACUCGUUCCGGUGCAACCGAAGGAGAGUAUCUACUUGUCUUUCGACGCUUUGUCACCCUUCGGACUGUUCCUGGUUCACCAGACUUCGGACUGGGGCCUAUCCGCGUCUAA